GGGACUAUCUAUGUGUAAACAUUAAUUACGGUUCCCUUGUUUAUCAAUUGCUGAAGGCAUCACGAGUCUUGGUAACAAAAUAUCCUACUGUGUAGUGAUUAAAUGGUGAUGAUAGAUAAAUACUGGUGUCACAACAUGUCAGACGCGAUCGGGUAUGGUGUACCACCAGACACAGAAGAUAUUGUAGCCCACGGACAAUGUCUACUGUUUUCAAACAUUUUUAUCAUGCAACAGGUGCUCGCCCCUUUCCUUCUCUGAUAUUCUUAUGCAUUGUUACUGAGAACAACAGAAAAUAGCGCAAUUGUGUUGGAAAUUAUUAUUCUACUCGUAUCCGUUUUACUCGCUGUGCAGGCGACAGAAGCUCGGACUUAUUUGCAUUUCCUGUGUAUUUCCUGUUUAGUUUUCAUAUGAUCGUCAUUAGCUUCCUCGGCCUCCGUGAUUCGCACGUACGUCAAUCUCUACCCUAAGGAAUGUGAUUGUCUGGCCCAUUGCUAUUUGAUCGCUAUGGAAGAAAACACAACCAAAGUGAUUCCAGCACCCUCAUGGAAUUUCUCCGUACUGAAUCUGACAAAUCUUCGGUACAAAGAGGAAACACUUCGGAGGGUGAACGACGAAAGGUCUGAACUCCUCGCUCCCGUCAUCGCUUUCCUCUGCCUCUUGAUGGUUUUCGGAAUUCUUGGAAAUCUUCUUGUUUUGUAUGUGUAUGAAUUCCGGUUUAAACGCUCCAGUUCGCGUACUUUCAUAUUGUGUUUAGCUCUGUUGGAUUUCGUGGCCUGUGUGAUUGGUAUGCCUUACCAUAUAUACGAUAUGUACCAUACUUUUACAUACUAUGACGAGGGGUCGUGUAAAGGGUUGUCAUAUAUUCUUGGCGUUACCGUCACAGCCUCAUCAAUUGUUCUGACUCUCAUUGCCAUAGACAGAUAUCGUAAAAUCUGCAAACCGUUUGGUAAACAGAUUUCCGACCUCGGGACUAAGAAAGCUUGUUUCGCUUCCGUAUUUGUCGCAAGCCUUUUCAGCAUCCCUAACAUUAUCAUGUAUGGCAAUGCCUCCAUAGAAGUGGAGGGUGAAAAUUUCACCGGAGUCGAGUGUUAUAUAAAAGAUGAAUACGGCGACUCCUCGGAAUCCUAUGUUUAUUUUGGACUUUUCUUUUUACUCUUUAUUACCACCACAAUAGUUCUUAUAAUAUUGUAUUCCUUGGUCGGGAUCAAGAUCAGAAAGCGAGCGUCGAACAUUUCAAAUGAUUCAGUCAGCGCCAGAAAGGAGAGAGCAGCGGGUAAAAGAAAGUCCUUCAGUUUCUGCGGGGCAUCGGAUCCGGAAACUACCAACGAAAUUUUAUCUGAAACAGACGACAGUCUGUCCACCAUAAAGGUAAAAACAAUGUCGUACAAAAAAGGAACCGAUGAAACAAAUCCCGAAUGCAGAAUGGAAUAUGAAAACGCCGUAACGCCCAUUUUCAAGGGUGUAAUAGAAAAAGAAAAAGACUCCAGUUCUAGUCAUGCUUCCCACACAAGAGCCAUAGGUUCGCCCAUGAUACGAAAUAAAAAGAAGGGUGACCACCGCAAGAAAAAGUCGUUUAUUGACAACUACAGACGACAGACAAUGUCCAUGAGCGAUGACGACAGCGAAGAAGGCAGACGACAGAGCCAUCGGUCCGUUCGGAACUCCUUGUCCGUGAAAUCACUUUCAAAGAGACAGAAGAGAACAGUCCGUAUUACAGGAAUGUUGUUUAUGAUCACGUUGAUAUAUGUUGUAAGUUUUCUCCCCCACCUUGUUUUGCUGAUCUUGGAGUUCCUGGACCCUGUCAGCUUUGAGAACCUUUCCCCGUGGGCCUUUACGGGAUACAACUUUCUUCUUCGAUCUUAUUUUAUAAACAAUAUAGCUAAUCCCUUCGUGUAUGGAUUCCUUGAUCCAAAAUUUAGAUAUGAAGUAGUGUUCCUCUUUAAAAGCAUUAUAAAUUGCAAACAUAAAAAAAUCUUCCAAUACUGACAUUAUCUAUUACUGAAGGGACAUAACUCAAAUGAUUACACAGAUGCUUUUCUAAUUAAAAAUUAAAUUUCAAUUUGCGAAAGCUUGUGAAACAUUAAUUUUCUAUAAAUGUUACAUUUUAUUGCCUGAGAGAUAUAUAUAUAUAUAUAUAUUCCCGACAAAGCUUGAUGCUACUGUGCACUAUAUAACGUUAGUGUGUGAGCUUGCUGCUUUAGAUGGAGUUUUAUCUAUCAAUGAUAAAAAAAAAAGAGAAGAUAUUUCAGUUGUUUAAUUCUUUUAUAUCUAACAAUAUCCCAUACAAUAUCUAGAUUUAUACGUACUGUUUUGGUUUUUUUUUUUUAACUAUCAAAUUCUGUUUUAUUUGUUGAAAUUGUAUUGAGGAUUUGAUCUUUUUCCCCUGCGAUUGCUAUGUAAUAAACUAUGCAUUUUAAUUUUGCUCAAGAAUUUAUCAUAAAGUGUUUGAAAUGCUA